CGACAUGCUUGUUGCAUUGCUCGAUCAUUCCAUCCAUUUAAUCCUUUUCUGCUUAGUGUAUUAGCCUUCAGCCCAUUUAUUAAGUGUUUAUUCUCUCCCUUCCAUUUCUCGUCUGUCACGUACCGCGUCUGUCGUAUUUUUCUCUUUUUUUUUUUUUUCCCUUCUUUUCUUUCCUCCUGUCUCCUGUAUCUUCUGUGUUUAUUCAGCCUUGAUUUCUUAGACAUUGUCUUAAAGGGUCUCUUGCAAGCAUUGCGGCUCCCGUCUGGUCACCAUGGAGUCUUCACCUCCUCGACCAAGUGCCGAGCUCCUGUCCGUGGCCGGCGUGAAGCGGUCCGCGUCUCUCCUACCCCCCUUCGAGCCUUCUUCCUCUCCUCCCCUUCCUCGCCCAUUGAAACGCCUCGCACGCGAUGACGAUAACGGUAUCUCGACGUAUCCAACCCCCAUGCCGACCUCUUCGACCGCCAUAAUGACUUCUUCUCCCCCACGUGCCCGACGCGGUCUGAAGCGUACCCACUCAAUGGCGUCUGAAAGGGCACCCUUGUCGACAGUUCCGUGCAUAAUGCUGAGUGAAAAUGGAGAGGCUGUCACGAUGGGGCGAUCCAGCCUCUCUUGCAACUACCAGCUCUCUGCCAACCGCCUAGUGUCAAGAGUGCAUGUGAAAGCUACGUACAAGGCUGCCACACAUCCACUUGAUCGAGAUAGGAUAGAGAUUCUUUGCACAGGAUGGAACGGCAUUAAACUGCAUUGUCAAGGGAAAACAUACGAAUUGACCAAGGGCAAGACAUUUACUUCUGAUAUUAGAGAUGCAGAUGUCAUGAUUGAUGUGCAAGAUUCACGCGUACUGCUCCAAUGGCCACGUCAGUCAAGAAAGGACUCGACUUCCAUGCAUUCAGAUCAAACAUGGGAAGAGGGCUCUCCUUCAAAGACCCUCCAACCUCGUUCACCCCGUUCUACAACGUCGAGCCCCCUCAAAGGUAGACAACGGCUAGCUUCUCCCAUUUCUCCAUCGCCUGCUAUUCAAGCGUUAGGGGCUUCGAUGGCUCCAUCGACCCCCUCCCGCUCCUUGCCAAGCAAAGUCAUUGUUUACGAGGAUGAGCCAUCACCGUUGGGUCGAAGCAAAUCAACAGAAGAUUCCAUGUCUCAGAAAACACAAGUUGCCUCCCAGCCACAUGGUCAUAGCCAACAAGACUCCCUUAGUAGCUCUUUGAGCAAAUCCGAAGACCUAUCCGAACACGAUGAAGAGAACGAUCCUAUUGUAUUUUCUUUCGGUCCCUUUGGUGCAAAUAUUCUCCCGAGAAUGGCUUCCUUCCGUGCUGGCGAAUCUCCAGUGCGCUCUACUCUCGAGAGACCUAACACUCCAUCCCAGCCGUAUGCACAACUACCUCCAAAAACGAACGCUCUGCCCGAAUCAGACAAGGAGGCGAUUCAAAAUCAUAUCAUCAACCAGCUGGCAUUUUCGCGUCUGUCUUCAACUCCAUUCUCGACCAUUGUCAAGAACCUCCCGUCAGAUCUCAUCGGCAAACUCUCAUCAGAACGAGCCCUUGUACCAACAAUCGCAGUUAUUUCUAUUAUUGAAAGUACUCGCUGUAUCGGAAAAGUGAGACGGGAAGGAAAGGAUGCAGCUGGCAAACCAUUGGAGAGCGAGUAUUACUAUAUUCCUGAUAUGGAUCAGGACGAAAAUAGAAAGGAAGCAGUUGUGAAUGGCCUUCGCAAGCCUGGUCUGAGGAACUGUCGGAAGCAGCACAAGCAAUAUUACUGGAGAAAACCGAAGACCCCGUAA